AUGGACCAAGAUGAAAGGCAAAGAAAACUAGAGGCCGGAAGAGCAAAGCUUGCUGACUUUAGACAGCGCCGGGCGAAAAGCAACGGUUCGGGCGCGCAGAAAAAGAAGACGAAGGGGAAGAGCCAGGCUGUCCAGGCGAAUGACCGCUCCCCACAAGAGAGCCGACUAGAAGACUCCCCGCCGGACCCCGACAAUGCCUGCGACAACAGGACGGGCGCCGAGGAGUCAUCAAGGUCUGAAUGCAUGGACCACACAGAACCGGAGGCUCAGCUGUUGACUGAGGUAGAACCACAGACUGAUUCCCAGGAAUGGAGCUCUGUCCUGGAAGAAUGUGUGGCACCAGACCAGCCAGUACAGAUAGAAGACUAUCUUGGAGAAAUUAUAGUAACACACACUGGCAAAGAACAACUGAAGAAGUUACAGGCUGUGGUGGAGAAGCGGGAUGAGAUCAUCUCACAGCUCAGCAUUAACCUGCAGGCGGCGAUAAAGAGCAGAGAUCAGGUGCAACUGGAAGCCCAGCAGCUUGUAGGCCAGAUCCAAGCACUGCAGCAACAGCUGCAGCAGGCAAAAGAGUAUCUGCGAUACAGGACCCAAAGUGGCCCGGACCAGCCCCAAUCCCGACGAAACAGCUGCCGGGACCAGCACAGUCCGCCGGACCGCAGUUUUCCACUAGAUGGGUUCCAGGCAUAUCUGGAGCAGUCUGAGGAGAAAACCAAAGACCAGCAGUGCCUCCUGGCCCAUAAAGAGAUGGCGAUCACAGAUCUCCACCAAAAGCUGAGCAUCACACAGGGCGCUGGCCACUCCGACACAGACUCUCUGCUCCAACGACUCACACUGGAACUGGAGGAAGCGCGCACCGAGCUGCAGGAAGAACGACAGAACAGCCAACGAGCGCAGGAACAAAUCAGUGACUUUCAGAGGAUCGUGGAGACUCUGGAAAGAGAAAGGACUGAUAUGGAGGCUCAGCUGACUGCGGUCAGGGCUGAACUGAGCAACGUCGAAUCGCAGGCCCGAGAGGCGCAGCAGUACAAAGCCGAGAAAGAGGAGCUGAACAAGGAGAUGGCUCGGCUCGACGGCCUGGUCCUGGAACUCCAGGGACGGCUGAGGGAGGAGGAAGAGGCUGGAAGGCAGCUUCGCUCCAAGUACGAGGUGGAUAUCUCGAACUAUGACUUGCGGCUCCAGACUCUGGAGGAGGAGCGUAAACUGAAUGUAGCCCAACUGACCGAAGCGCACGAAGCGGCGCUCAAAAGCCUUAAGGAAGAGCAUGCAGAUGAGGUCAAGCGGAUCCAACAGCUUCUGGAGCGUGUGCAAAAGGCCAGAGAAGCAGAGCCAUCGAAUCAUGGUGCACCCGACAAAAUAAGGGAAAGUUUUAACAGUGUCGGUGUGCCUGAGGAGCUGGACAACAAGGACACACACAGUGUGCAGUCCGCAGACGCCCAAUCUUUUCUGGACACUUCUGCUGAUGAUCAGCACCCCCUGAUGGAGAGAUAUUUGGCCUCAGCGCCCACCAAUGGUGCAUCCUGGGCAGAGGAGAGCCUGGAGGAACACAGCUUACUGGAAUGUUCUGGAACCUCCAGGUUUGAGCUGGACAGUGAAGUCAUAGGCGAGGGGUCAAAGCUCUCUCACAGCAAAUUUGUUGGUGACGCAACAAAUCUAGAGCUAACCUUUACGCAAGACAGUGCAGGAGAACAUGCUUCAGAACAUGGUGUAGGGUCUGUUUCGCACGUCCAAAGACAAAGCUUCACCUCCGCGUCCCAGGAGCUUAAUGAAAGCUCAGAUGGUGCGGACCUGGGGAAAGAGCUUUUGAUUCAGCAAUGCCAAGAUCUGACAGAGCAGCUUGAGAGACAGGAGAGGCAGCUGGAGAUCCUUCAGGAGGAGGUGCAACGCUCUGCUGAAGAGGUUGAGGAAGCACGAGAGCGUUGGAGCAAAGCUUCAGAGGAGCUGGAGGAGGCGCGCUGGGAGUUGGAGGCGGAGAGGGAAAGGAGGCUCCAGUGCGAAGAAGUCAUCAGCCAGAAAACGCACGAGCAGGACAACCUUAAAAACAAGCUCAGCUACCUCGAGAGUCAGCUUCUUCAGCAGGAAAACGAGAAGAGCACACUUCUCCAUAUGGACACUACAGAGAAGAAUUCGGUCUUCCCUUCAAUAGAGGAGCUCGUCAAGGAGCUCAAGGAGGAGAAAGUCCAGCUGUUACUCCAGCUGAAGCAGCAGGAGCAACUGGUCAUUGACGUACAGGAACAAAAGCUGGUUGGAGACUCGGUGAGCAGCGAGGUGCAAGCGCUGUUUGGUCGUCAGCUGUCCUCACUGCAGGUUCAAAGGGACCAACUGCUGGCUCAGUUGGAGAACCAGCGAGAUAAGAACCAGGCUACUUCAGCGCUGCUAGGCCAGAGAACCCUGGAGGUGGACUCAGCCAACAAGAAGCUACAGGAGCUCAUGGUGGAGAUGGAUGAGAGGAUGGAGAGGCUCCAAGCCCUGGAAAAAGACAAAACUGACCUUGAAUCCAAACUUGUGUGCCUUAAACAGAACAUGACCAACUUGGAGGAAGCCCUCAGCCAGGGAGCCAUGGAGAAAAUUGCCCUUGAAAGUCGCUUGCAGGCACUGGAGGAACAGGCCAAGAGCAUGGAGAAAAUUCUGGAAUCGGAGCUUGAGAACUUUGAGAACCAGUUAGAGGCCAAGAACAUGGAGCUGGAGAAGGCAGAAGAGGAGCACAUGGAGAAGGAGUCCAUCCUGCAGAACGAGCUGACGGCUGUGAGACUAGCCCUUGAGAAAGAGGAGGAGGAGAGGAGCAGACUAGAGGAGAAACAUCAGAAAGAGGUCCACAACUUGAACUUGCGUCUGGAGAGAGAAUUUUCAGAGCUUAAGGUUACCCUGGAGGAGGAGCAGAGGAAACAGAUCAGUCUCAUCAAACAGGUCCACGAGCGGGAGCACCACCGGGAGCUGGAUAAGCUGACGGAGCAGAAAGAUGAAGAGCUGAGAAGGCUAAGAGCUGAGCUCACUGGGGAACUGAGGGACAGCAUGGAGGCUGCACACCAGGCUGAACUACUGCAGGCACAGACCCAGCAGAGUCUGGACCUGGAGUCCUUGCGUCUCAGCCUGAACAACAUGCACAUGGCACAGUUGGAACUGUCUCAGGCCAACCUGCAGAAGGACAAGGAGGCUGCGCUGAGCGAGCUCCAGGCAAGCUUAAGGGAUAAGUGGGCCCAAGAGAGCGCUAUGCUGCAGACACGCCAGCAGUUUGAACUGGAGAAACUCCGGGAACAAAACAGAGAGCAGGAGCAGAAGGUUCAGCAGCAGCACCAGAAGGAGAUAGAUGAUCUGAGAUAUGAGUGGGAAACUCGCUUGUCAGAGGAGAGGACCUCAGCAGAGCAGCAGCAGGCCAGGAAAAUAGAGGAGGUGAAGACCCAGUUGCUGCAGGAGGCUGAGAACGUUAGACUGGAGCUCCAGACCAGCUUAGACGAGGCCCAGCAGAAGCUGAGCGAGACCCGGGCGGCUCUCGCCGAAGCCGAGGCCGCUGUGACGGAGAUGCAGGGAAGGCUGGAGGAGCUCCAGAGCUCCAUGGAUCGGGAGGUGAAGCGUCUGGAGGCGGAACUGGAUCAGGCCUGCGCUGACCGGGACUCUGCUGCCCGUGCCGUGGAGGAGUUGGUUGCCAGUCACAAACUGGUUCUACAGGAGAAGCUGCAGCACGUCCAGAACCUGGAGGAGAAGGAAAAACAACUGCAGCAGGAGAUGGAGCGUUUGGAAGCUGAACAUGCUGCCCUGAAGGCUAGUUCUGAGCAGGAGGUCGCUCAGCUCUGGUCCCAGCUGGAAAGCAUGAGGACAAGCCGGCAGGAGCUGGGAGAGUUGAAGGAGCAGCUGCUCGCCCGCUCGUCGCGGGUCGACGACAUUGAGCGGCUGAAGCAGGAGUUUGCUCAGCAGCGACGGGACGUCCAGGAGCAGAACGAGGCCGAGCUGGAGAACCUGCGCGUGUACUUUGAGCAGAGACUGCGUGCCAGUGAGGAGAGCCACCGUGAGGAGAUCGCCCUGUUGCAGCUCCGCUUGGUGGAGGGAGCCCUGGAGGAGUCUGUGCUCAAGACUGGAGAUUCAAGUUUUCUUGAGAAGGGUGAGGAAGAGAGCAGAGACACUCUAGCAGAGAUCAACCAGCAGCUGGAGAAACACAAGGAGGAGCUGGACUCUUUGAAGCUGCAGUUGGAGGAGAGACAUAGACAGGAGCUGGAACAGUUACGCUCCACCUUGGCCCUGUCUCACAGAGAGGAUCUGCUCCGUGCCCGCACAGAACUCACGGACCGUUACUACCAAGACCUGAACGAACUCAAAACCAAACACGCACUGGAACUGGAGCAGCUCCGGGCCAAGCUCUCUGACAGUCACGUUAAAGAGAUCACUCGUUUGCGGCUGCAGUCAGCUCAGGAGGUGGCGCGGCAAGUGGAGGCAGAGCUGAAGGAGAGAUCUGAGGUUCAGGUCCAGGAGCACCGAGCCAGGUUAUCCCAACUCAGCUCAGAGACGGAACGCAUACGGAGUCUGGAGAGUCAGUUAAACCAGCUCACCCAGCAACACGGCCGAGAACUGGAAACACUCACGGAAAAGCACAGGGAAGAGCUUCAGAAAACAGAGGAACAGCUACGACAGGCCUUUGCUGAGGAGCUAAAAGUGAAGCUGGAGGAGGCGCAGAGGGAGGAGAGGAAGCGUGUCAGCGAGGAGCUGACCGAAGAGCGGAACAGGCUCCAGGAGAAACUCCAGGCCCAAACAGAGGAACGCCUGGCCAGUCUGAGAGAGGAGCUCCAGAGGGCAGGCCUGGAGGAGAGAGAGGAGCUGGAGCAGAGGCUCUCCCAGGCUCAGGAACUCCUCAAUGAGGAGAGUGAGAAGCUGAGAGCCCUGCAGGCCAGCCUGGAGAAUGAGGAGAACCCCCAGGUGCUGGCAGUCAAGCAGCGACUCCAAGCGCAGUACGACAGCGAACUGCGUACGGCUAAGAGCACCAUGGUGACGGAGGUGAAGGAGCUGAAUGUGCUCCUCCAGGCCCAAACAGAGACCAAACUUCAGGAGGCAAACAGCAGGCUUCAAGAGGAACUGAAGCAGCUGGAGGAGAAACUGAUAAAGCAGAAGGACACAGAGCUACGGGAGCAGGAUGACCGACACAGAGAAGACCUGGAGUCUAAGGAGGCUCUUUUGGCCCAGCACAUGACCAGACUGAGAGAGCUCGAGAAGGAGCAUCAGGACCUCAAAACUCAACACCAGGAGGAGCUUGACAGCCUCUGUGCCAAUCACAAGAAAGCACUAGAGGACCUUGAGGCGGAGCUUUCUGCACGGCAUAGGGCGGAGCUUGAUAAACUCCAGGCGGUUUUACAAGAAACCAAUCUGGCACAGCUGGAGGCUCAGGAGGCGGAGUUAGAGGCACGGCACAAACAGGAGAGGGAGGAGCUUGAGGCUAGGAUGCUGUCUAACAUGGACACUCUGGAGAGCACGUUGCUGAGUGAGAUCCAGGCCGUUCGGGAUGAGAAAGAGGGCGCCCUGCUGGACCUCCGGGCCUCGUUGGAGGAUCAGCACAGGACAGAGAUGGAAAGACUGAGAGAGGAGGAGCAGUCAAUCAGAGAGGAGCUAAGGCGAGAGCUGGCCCAGGUCCACUUAGACAAAUUCAGUGCCAUGGCCUCUGAGCUCAGCCAAGCACAUCAGGAGGAGCUGGCCACAGCGCUCUCCUCUCAGAAGGCCAGUCUAGAGGCGGAUCACUGCAGGGCGCUGGAAGCCUUACAGCAGAGUGUGUUGGACCUGGAGCGGCAGCACAGUGCCGCCCUGCAGGAAAUCACAGAAAUGACCAACACAGAGAAACUACAGCUUCAGCAACAACUCAAUACUCUCACUGCACAGCAUCAGCAGCAGCUACAGGAGUUGAGAGGCGUGUCUGCACGAGAGCUUGAGGCUCUGCGCAGGGAACUUGAGGAGGAGGCGUCGCGGCAACGGCUUCACUUCCUAGAAGAGGCGGAGCUUCUUAAGUGCCAAUCAGAGGAGCAGCUCCAGCAAAGGAUUACGCAGUUAAAGGAGGAGAGUGAGAGGGAGAGGAGACAGGCUCUGGAGGAGCAGGAGAGGAGUUUCAGGGAGCAGCAGGAGCAGACUGAGCUGGGUUACAGAGACAAGAUGAGCCAGCUCACCGCUCAGCUGCAGGAGCUGGACGCUGUGGUGUCGCAGCUCCGGGCAGAGGUGAGCGGCCUGCAGGGAGAACUGGAGGGGAAACGCUCCGAGAUGGAGACGCUGGAGACCCUGCUGCAGCGCCGUGACCGGGAGAGCCAGGAGGGAGACAACCUGCUGGCCAUGCUUAGAACUGACCUCAACACUGCCACCCAGCAAAGACAAGACCUGCAGGACGCCCAUGACCGACUUCAGAGGACACUUCUAGAGAUGCUCAAGAACACCAUGACGACGGAGGAACUGAUCAACCAGAGGAUCGGGGCUUGUGUCAAUCAGGUUCAGUGCAGUCGCCCUGGCGACGUGACCCCCACCACCAAAUCUGGGAAGACCAGCCACGAUUCCCAGGACACAGAAGAGGCAGACGGUGGUGUCGUGGACGGUGGUCCUGACUGCAGCUUAUGGUCCUCGGUGACUGAUGAGGGGUUGGAGCUCUCCCAGAGGCUGUGUGAGAGCCUGUUUUCGGGGCCAGAGGGAGAACUGGAGCCCCAGAAAGAGGAGCUGGUUCUGGGAGCCUGCACGCGCCUACGCUCUGCAGUGGACAUGUUACUGGAGCUGGUCUCCCAGUCUACGCAGCAGUUGGAGCAGACACACAGGAUGCAGGCCGCACUGCAGGAGAGGUUUGGACAGGGAAGAGAGGAUGCAGCUCAGCUUCUGCUUCAGCACUCUCAGCUUCUAGAGCAGCUGGACCAGGAGGCCAGUCAGAAGAGCCAGCUUCAGCUGGAGCUCCACAAAGCCGAGGGGUUGAUGGACGGCUACGUCGCGGAGAAGGCGUCUCUGGAGGAAACUCUGCAGCAGAAGGAGACGCAGGAGCAGAGGUUGGUGGAGGAGCUGGAAAGAACACGAGUCCAGCUCCAUGAACUGAGUGAGGAGCACGCUCUCCUGAUCCGUCAGAGAGACGCUCUCUCCUCGGGCCUCGGUGACACCGAGAAGGCUCUGUUGGAGGAGGCGGAGCGGCUGGGACGGGAGAGAGUGGACGUCCAGAGGCAGGCGGAGAAGGACCAAGAGGGGCUGGCCUCCAGGCUGAGGCUCCUGGAGCUCACCCUGGAGGAGCAGGAAGGGCGCUUUCAGGAGCAGGAGGAGCAACAUCGGGCGCAGACGGAAGAUCUGCAGCAACACAUAGACGCCUUGGAGAAACAGCUCAAACACCAUCGGCAAUUCAUAGACGAGCAAGCGGAGGAACGGGAGCACGAGAGGGACGAGUUCCAACAGGAGAUAAAGAACCUGGAGGCGCAGCUGAGGCUGCCCCUUAAAGGUCACGCCGGAGGAGACAACAAAGGUCAAAGGGUGGAGAGUCUUCAGGCGAUUAUCAAAGAUAAAAUGGAGGACUACAGCACGCUGCUUCAGGCCAAAGAGCAGUGCCAGCAGGACGUGGCCGAGCGAAACGAGGAGAUCGACAAACUGACGGGCCGGAUCCGUGAACUGGAGCAGGCUCUGCUGAACAGCGUGGAGAGCAGCAGGACCGUCAGCCAAUUAGAGCAGGACCUUCAGCGGGCUCACAAGCUCCAACAGGACCUCAUGGAAGAUAAAGAGGCCUUACAGCAGCAGCUGUACUCCAAUAAGCUGCAGAUCUCUGCCCUGCAGUCCAAACUGGACGAGACACGACACCGUUUUCCCGACGCGGCCGCCGACCACAACCUCCGAGAGCAGCUGGACACGCUCCAACAGGACCUGCAGACAAAGGAGCAACAGGCGGAGACUCUGCUGGAGCAGGUGGAGGAGCAGCAGAAGGCGCUAACGGUGAGAGAGGAGGAGGUGAGACAGCUCACUCUGCAGCUGGAGCUCAGCACCAGACAGAGCAGAGCCACUGAGGAGCAACUACAGGAACAGAUCAUACAACUAGAGGAGACGGUGUGCGCUCUGAGGAGGCAGCAGGAGGAGGACAGAGACAGCUCCAUGCUGCAGCUCCCGGCUGCCCUGCUGGAGGAGAAGAACCAGGAGAUCGACCAUCUCAACCAACAGAUUCAGAGUCUGCAACAGGAAGUGGAUCUCAGCAGGGACAACAGAAUUGUGGAAGAGAAGCAGGCAGAGAUCGAGGAGCUGCGUUUGCAAGUGGAGCAUCUCCGUGGCGACCAGGAGCGGCUGCGGCAGGCCAAAGAGGAGGAGGUCGAGCAACUCCACGAGGUCAUCCAGAAGCUGCAGGAGGAGCUUAGCCAACUGGACCCAACCAAUCGCCACGAGGUCAGCGACCCAGUCACGGGCAGCGAGGCCGGCAGCCCAGAGCUGUCCGAUUUCACCUGGUCCGCCCCUCAUCCCCACCGCGGUCCGGAGGAGAGCCUGUGUCAGGAGCUGACCAGCCAGACUCUGAUGAACUCCCGUACCCGUCUGCGGGAGCUUCAGGCCGAGCUGGAGCAGGUGGCGGAGGAGAAGGAGGCGCUGCAGCGGCUGCUCGUCUCCCAGGAGGAGGAGUAUGGAAACCAAGUGAAAUCUCUGGGUGGUAGCUUGGGUGAGGAGAGGGGGAAGCUGGCCAUGCUGGAGCAGGAGGCCUCUGAGCUUAGGUUACAGCUGGAGGAGAAAAAGUCAGAGGGGGAGCAUCUGGAGGCCCGUGUGAAGGAGCUGGAAGAUCUGGAGAAGAAGAGGGCGGCUAGCUUGCAAGAGCUGGAGCUUCGCUUGAAGACCUCAGAGGAGAGGAGAGAGGAGGCGCAGCAAGAGCUGCUCAGGCUGGAGGAGGAGGAGAAACAACUCGAAGUUCGGGUGUUAAAGCUCCAACAGCAAGAAGAGGAGAGUCAGAGGGCUAUUGAAGCAUUGAGACUCAACGUCGCGGAGCUGGAGGAGGAGGUCCAAAAGGGGAGAACUGACAUUGCCACCUUGGAGACCGGGAAGAAGGAACUGUUCAUGGAGCGGAAAGCUCUGAGGCGGCGAGAGGGCCAGCUUCAGGAGGAAAUUGAGAGGCUGAAACAGGAAGUGACCUCAAAGAACCGAUAUAUUCAGGAGCUAAACGUCCAACUGGAGGAGAGGGUGACGAAACAUGAGGAGGCGCAGAAAGAAGUUCUGACAUGUGCUGAGGAGACUCUAGCCAAGGCAGAUGCUGCCCUGAGAGAAAGAGAGGGACAGCUGGUUCAGCUGAGGGCGGAGCAUAAUGCCCUGAGGGAGGAGCUAGCCUCUGUGAAGGAGGGGCUAAGCUCCAGCGCAGAACGGGCAGAGAAGCUAAGGGAAGAAGGACAGACUAAAGACCGUGCUCUAGCUGACCUUGAGGUUCACAACCAGCAUUUGAAGGCUGAGCUGAGGCGUCUUCAGGAGGACGUGGCGGUACAGGAAGAGGAGCUCGCCUUCCAGCAGAGGGAGUUGGCCCAGCUCCGCCAGCGCUGCAGCCACCGAGGCUCCACAAACCCCGCCCGCUCGGGGCCUAAACACGAGCGAUUCUUGGAGGGCGUGUCCCGGGAGGCCUCGCUCUCGUCCCCCGAGGUCCUCCGACGUCUGGAGGACUGCAGCCAGGACCUGCCGUCGGGCUUCCACGCCUCGCACCUGUCGGGGCUGAGCGGCCUUCACGACGCCAGCCUGGAGCUCCGCUCCAAAGCCUCUCUCAUGGAGGGGGAGUCAGAACUGAGCCGAAACGCCGCCCGCCGCCCCGUCGUCCUCCUCCCCCCGCCCACCGGGCGCCGGCCGGACGCUCCCGGCACCCGCUCCCCCUCUCCGUGCUCCCUCUCCGUUUCGGAGAACCUGUCCCUCCUCGACUCGUUGGACGCUGAUAAGGUCCAAGAGCUGGAGAAUUUGGAUGUGACUCCGUCGCUGUCGCCGCCCUGCUCCACCUCUCCCGCGUCUGUGCCGGAAUGGGCCAGCGACGGCUACGGCAGCAAUGUGAGCUCGGAGUUAGGAGCCAAGCUGAAGCUUGAGCUGGAGAACACAGAACGCUUGGACGCUCAUUUUGUGGAGUACCUGCGUUGCCGUGGAAUGGCUCCCGCCGAAAACACGGACAGCGCCGCCGGCAGCAUGUGUCAGAGCGAAGAGAUCCUCUCACCUGAGCUCCAGGCUAUGCUUAAGAAGGUGUAUCAGGAGAGCUGCAGGGUCCUGUCGCUCUCCCAUCGUCGCAUGCCAUCCGGUCAGCCCCUCCCACGUCCCGAGUCAGCCCCGCCCCCCUCAUGGCAGAGAGAGAGGCGGGCCUUACAGGAGACAGUCCUGUCACUCCGAGAGUUACUGUGUAGGAUGGCUGACCGAGAGCCCAAGACGACUGGUGGGGAUGUGGACUGGCGACGGGAGCUGUUGCUGGCGGUGCGUAGCGUGUUUGACAGCGAGAGGGAGUGGCUUCAUUCCCAGUUACAAGCUGUCAUGGCAACAAACGUCCCACAAGACCACGCCUACCUGCUGAAGCAGCUUGAGAAACUGCUCCAGAAACAGGAGGAGCAGCAGAGGAAGUCUCUGGAGCAGCUGUUGAGUGCAGAUCGCUCCAGUCUGUUGGCUGAGGUGCGCAGUCUGCAUGCGCAGUUGCAUGCAUGCACUCUGCAAAGCCAAGAACAGCUGCAGAGGCUGCAGAGCUCUCUGUGCGACGCUCAGGAACACGGCACGCAAAUACGCCACCAGGCAAACAGACAAGUCGAGGAACUGGAGUCAAAGCUGCAUCAGGAGCAGACGAUGGCAGAGAGCGCACGCAGCUCCCUGCAGGCAGAGCAGACUCGAUCCGCUGGACUACUCAAGCAGCUGGAGGCGGAGCAGAAGGUCAUUUCAGAGCUGAGGGCGGAGCUAGAGGAGACCAGUGUCCAACUGCACUCAGCCUGCAAGAGUCAGCAGGAGUUACAGAGUCAGAUUCAUCAACUGAGGCUGAAGCUGGAGAGUGAGGAGGCGGAGCGUCACGCGUGUGAGGAGGCUGUGGAGAGAGAGCAGGCCCGAGUGCUGGAGUUACAGGAGGAGCUCCACCAGGAGCGACUCAGCAGCACACUGACCCUGGAACAGCAUAAAGACACACAGGAGUCUUUGCAUGCGUCUGUGGACGAGCAGGCCUCUCGAAUCAGCCAGCUCAGCACCUCCCUGGACCAGGAGCGCGUUACCAUCAGCAACCUGCGCGCAGAGCUCCAGAUCGAGCAGUCUCGCUGCGAAGCGCUCGUCACCCGCGAGCGCGAACGCACCCAGGAAGCCCAGCGCCUCCUGGAAGAGGAGCGCGGCCGCUGCGCCGGGCUUUCAGACGCGCUGGCCCGUCAGUCCCAGGAUCACGCCCGCCGCCUGGAGGAGGAGGCCCGGCGGCAGGAGGCGGCGAGCGCGCACGACAGAAAGUUCAUCCAGGAGCUGCGCGCACAGCUGGACCAGGAGAGACGGCAGGGCGAGGAGCUGGCGGAGGCGAACGAACGCCUGCGAAAACAAGCCCUGCAGGGCCGGCGCAGGCUGGAGGAGGAGGCCCAGAAGGACCAGGAGGAGGUGCAGCGCCUCCGCAGCGCUCUGGACGGGCUGCGGGCCCAGAAGACGGAGGUGGGCCGCGAUCUGGAGGCGGAGCGGCGGAGAGCGGAGCAGCUGCAGGUGGAGCUGGACGGCCUGAGAGAGAGGAUGCAGGCGGUGAGGGAGAAGGAGAGACAUAGGGAGGAGCAGAGGGACAGGGAGACGAGGCAGGAGAAGCAGGACCAGGCCGACCGGGAACGCCGGCACGAACGCGCCAACGAGAAACUGAUGGAGCUGGAGCUGUUGCGGCAGAGGGACCAGCAGCGUUUGCGGCAGCUGCAGCAAACUCUGGCUGAUCUAGAGGAGCAAGAAAAGCAAAUGACCUCCGACCGCCUGCAGAGAGGCUUACAGACCUCCGCAGACACAACAAACAAACAGCCAUGUAUAUGUGUGUUACAGGAUUCUUCCACCUCGCUGGUGGAGCGACUCUUGCAUGAAAACUCGGAGUUGUCAGAGCGUCUUUCCGUCCUGAGUGAAGAAAGAGUGACUCUCAAACACACCGUCUCCUGUCUGGAGCGAGACCUACAGAACCAGAAACAGGUAACAGAUAAAUGUAUGUCCGCAGCGUCGGACUCGGCCGUGGUAUCUGAGAGACUGGCGUGGCAGAGAGAGAAGUCGGCCCUCCAGGCUGCCCUGCGCAAGGCAGAGGCCGAGCUGUCAAAGGUCACGGCGGGCAACGAGAACCGACCCUUUCCUGACCUCUCCGCCAGCAAGAUGCAGCGUCUGUACGAGAAGUACCUGCGAGCGGAAAGCUACAGGAAAUCUCUGGUCUAUCAGAAGCGUUACUUGCUGCUGCUGCUGGGAGGUUUCCAGGACUGCGAACAGGCCACGCUCGCCCUCAUCGCCCGUAUGGGCGCGCAGCCGUCCCGCAACGCGACGCAGACCACAAGACCGCUCAACCGCUUCCGCACCGGAGUCAGAGUGGUCAUCGCCAUCUUAAGACUGAAGUUCCUCACCAGAAAGUGGCAGAGAGCCAUCAGAAAGACUUCAACCGGAUUGGCUACGGUGAACGGACACGGAUCUGGACACAGUACAGGCCACAGCGUGAGGACAGAGGUUCUGAGACAACAACGUCCCGCAUCUCUACUGAACUCCCCGCCGACCCGUGACCACGCCCUCUCUCAACAGGGUGUGGUCUCAUCCCUGGUUCCACCCGUCAAAUCUCCCUUCAGAUUGCACAACCGGGUGUUCUCCAAUACGGUCCUGAGCUCCGCGGAGCGCACUCUCACCCCGUCCCAGGACCAGGAGCGGUCCCUCACAGAGUACAUACAGCACCUGGAGACCAUACAGCAGCGUCUCGGGGGAGUCAGGCCAGGCUCUCCCUCAGUGCUUCCCUACACCAGAAAAUCUGACCGAUAAAGAAACAUUGCUGACUGUAACCA